AUGAGUCGGCCGUCUGCCAAGCUUUGCGCCGAGUGUUUCCCGGGCUCCUUGCGGCCGUCCCGGGCACUGCGGGGCGUUGGUGUUGCCCGUGAGCGGACCUACGUCGCCCAGCGGAGUGGGAUCUCCUCUUCUGCUACCCGUCGGGAUCGGACAUCGCCAUGCAGUCUGUCUACAGGCAGAUUUGUGGGCGAGAAGCUACCAUUGCGACCGACGCAGAGAGCCCGGGGCCUGGCUACUACCAGCGAUGCGACGGCGAAGAAUGCGGGUGUUGAGAAGGUGUCUGGACCCCCGCAGGAUGGGCCCAUGAAGGAGUAUGAUGAUCGCGUGCAGGAAGGUCGCUUGCGGGAUGACCCGUAUCAAAGAGCAAUUAUCCAGAACCUGCAGAACUUGUUCGAGGCUCUGAAGGACUAUUCCGCGCCCAAGGUCAUCCACCCUACCGUCGAGUCGCUGGACCCUGAACCCAAGCAAUCUUUCUUUGGAUCGUUAUUCAACCGCGGUGGCAACAAGGAGGACAAGUCAGCGAUACCCGAGUCCCUUCCCAAGGGUCUUUAUAUGUUUGGCGAUGUUGGAUGUGGAAAGACCAUGCUGAUGGAUCUGUUCUUCGAUACCCUGCCACCCAAUAUUACGACCAAGACUCGCAUCCAUUUCCACAACUUCAUGCAGGAUGUACAUAAGCGCAUGCAUGUUGUCAAGAUGAAGUACGGUAACGACUUUGAUGCGUUGCCCAUGGUUGCUGCAGAUAUUGCCGAGACCGCCAGCGUGCUCUGCUUCGACGAAUUCCAGUGCACCGAUGUCGCCGACGCGAUGAUCUUGCGCAGACUCUUGGAGAUUCUAAUGUCUCACGGCGUCGCCGUCAUCACAACGUCCAACCGUCACCCAGACGACCUAUACAAAAACGGCAUCCAACGCCAAUCGUUCAUCCCCUGCAUCAACCUCCUUAAAAGCCAACUGAACGUCAUCAACCUAAACUCACCAACGGACUACCGUAAAAUCCCCCGUCCUCCAGCCGCAGUCUAUCACCACCCACUAGGUGACGACGCAAACGCCCACGCCCAAAAGUGGUUCGACUACCUCGGCGACCCAAUCAACGACCCACCCCACGCAGAAACCCAAGAAGUCUGGGGCCGCAAAAUCCAAGUACCCCUCGCAAGCGGCAAAGCCGCCAAAUUCACCUUCAACCAGCUCAUCGGCACAGCCACUGGCGCAGCAGACUACCUCGAGCUGGUCCGCCACUACGACGGCUUCAUUAUCACCGAUGUUCCGGGUAUGAAUCUGAACCAGCGUGAUCUUGCCCGCCGAUUCAUCACAUUCAUCGAUGCCGUAUACGAGAGCCGCGCGAAGCUGGUCCUCACCACCGAAGUCCCGCUCACCAACCUCUUCCUCUCUGCGUCUGAUAUCAAGGACUCCAUGAAGGGUGGCGACCAUUCUGACCUGUCCGAUGCUAUGCGCAAUCUUAUGGACGAUUUGGGUAUGUCGGUGCAGGCACUCAAGAAUACUUCUAUCUUCAGUGGUGAUGAGGAGCGGUUUGCGUUUGCGCGUGCCUUGUCGAGACUCGCGGAGAUGGGAAGUAAGGAGUGGGUUGAGCGCGGGAUGGGAGUUGGAAUGGGUGAACAGGGGAGUAAGGAGGAUCGUGAGGCUUGGAAGAAGACUAGGAGUCAUUGGAGCGAAGAUAACAUGUAG